CUUUGGUUGUGUCGACUUUCUGUUUUGCGCUGAGACUGCAGAGAUUUGAUGGUCUCAGCUAUGUGAGUUGGUGCAGACACAACCUCGCCCUGCACCACCACUGGCUCUUCUAAUCUUCCUCAUCAUCUUCAAAACAGGAAACAGUUCAUGUGUUUGUUUCGCCGUCCUUUUCCAGGGAGAAAGAUGUCCGUUGGCUUCUCCGGGCCAGAGCCAGUUUAGGAAGAUCUCCAGGAAAACGCCAACGCUUGUUGUCGUGCUCGGGUUGUCAUUCGGAGGCAACUGUCAUCUCCGGGCACCAUUUGUUUACCCGCAGAGCUGUAUGGCUGUGAAUCGGGGCAGUGGGCUGUUUCCGUGGAGUUAAAGGCGAUGCGUGUUGUGCCAGGCCAAGGCGGGGACGGACUGGAGAUGCCAUCUGGCUAGCAGCGCUAACGGUGUCUGGACCACGGCUAGGUCACAAAACGCACAAUAUUUAGCACAUUAGUCGGCAACACGUGACUGUGUUUAUUAUUUUAUUUUUAAGACACUUAUUUGUCUGAAGUCAGUCAGACAGUUGGUGUUAACAAAGAAAGAUGCCGACAUAGCCAUUACUUUGUUCGCUAACCGAUUAAACGCAAAUGAAGACGUCAAGCUAGUGCUAGUCGGCUUCAACAUCAUAACAACUAAAGACACAUGCACAGCGUAAUUCACGGACACAAACACUGCAGGGUUGAAUGUCCAGCACUAAUACACUAAUGUUAAACUGACUACAAGUGAAGUAUUGCACAGCCUAGCAGGUGUAUGGACACGCGUCAUGUUUACUUAAAGGGGAGAUAACUGCAAAGACUUUUGAGCACCUCAACUGAUUUGGUUGUUUGGCACCUGCUAACCGUGUAAAUCACAACAAGGGGAAGACAGCCGCUCUAUCUGUUCACCAUGGAGGGAAAUGUGCAACAACAGAAAACCACUCCUUUAGCUCGGGAACUAACAAGGACAUUUAACAGCUACAACAAACACACCAUACAGCUGAAGAAGAACCUGAAGGAGACCAAUGCCUUCUUCCGGGAAAUCAGGCAAAAUUACAGCAAUGCUUGUGCAUCGACCAUGAGCUCGGAAUCAGCUUCUUUCGAGGCAGGCCAGCUCAGCUGCAUCUCUUUCCCCAGCCAUGAGGAAGAGUUCCUGCGCAACACUGUGGGCGCUGCCCCGUACAUCCUGGUACUGGGCCAGGACUGUGCCGCCCGCUAUCAGCUGCUCAACUGCCUCCUGGGGGAGAGGCUGCUGCCCCUGGGCCCUGAGGCCGGACAGGCUUGUGAAGGAGUCCAGGGCACGGUCUGCAAGAGGCGGAAGCUGUGUUUCACCCACGGGAGACAGACCCGGCUCAGCCUGGCGCUGCCCGGCCAGUACGAGCUUGUUCACCAGCUGGCAGCUAACUGUGGCCGCUGGGAUACCGUGCCCCGGGAAGACCUGGAGAUCCAUGAGGAAUGUGAGGACCCGGCCCACAGGCUGGCAGAGCUGGAGAUCACCCUGCAUCACCCACUGCUACAGGAAGCAAAGGUCAUGGUGGUGCCUUGCCCGAGUGUCCAGCCUAUAGAAGAGGUGCUGGAAGACUUCACCCGGGGAGUGGUCCCCAUCAUACUUUAUGCCAUCAACCAGGACUCUCUAAGCACAGAGCAGGUGGCAGAGCUCUGGAAGGUCAAAGAGUUGCUCUCCUUCCCCAUUUGUUUUGUCCGUAUCCCUGACAUUAUCCCAGCAGCCUCACCAGAGUCCGGCCGCCGUGGGGAGAAAGAGAAGGAGAGGGAGAAGAGCGCCCUCCAUAAGCAGCUGCUCUCCCUCGGCCUCCUCUGUGGCCCGACGGCAAACUGCCCCUGUGGGGCCCCUACACAGACACCCGCCCCUGGUGCCAAGCCCCAGAGCGUACUGGGUGAGGCUUUCGAAAGGCUCCAUCGGUUACUGGUGCCUUUUGCUCGCCUGGUGCUUCAGAACCAGCAGGUGGAGGCUGCCAACCUGCUUAAUGGGGUCCACUGUCGCUGUCUAGAUCUUUUCAUCAACCAGGCCUUUGACAUGCAGAGGGACCUGCAGAUUACACCCCGCAGGCUGGAGUACACCCGUGAGAAAGAGGGUGAACUUUUCACCUCCCUUAUGGCCAUCGCUAACCGUAAACAAGAAGAGAUGAAGGAGAUGAUUGUGGAAACGCUGGGCAGCAUGAAAGAGCAGCUGCUGGAGGACGCUGCCAACCUGGAGUUUACAGACAUCAUUGUAACAACCAAUGGAGAGCCCUUUACGUCAAAGGAGAUCAAAUCUUGCAUCCACCAGAUCCAGGAGCUGAUAGUGGUUCGCUUGAAUCAGGCCGUGGCCAAUAAGCUGAUCAGCUCUGUGGACUAUCUGAGGGAGAGCUUCGUAGGAACUCUGGAGCGAUGUCUCAACAGUCUGGAGAAGUCACACAUGGACACUUCUGUCCACAAUAUCACUUCCAAUCACCUCAAGCAGUUAUUGAAUGCUGCCUAUCAUGUGGAGAUCACCUUCACUUCAGGAUCCUCUGUCACCAGACUCUUCUGGGAUCAAAUCAAACAGAUAAUCCACAGGAUAACGUUUGUGAACCCACCAUCCAUCACUCCAGAGUGGAAGCGUAAAGUCGCCCAGGACGCCAUAGAAAGUCUCAGUGCUGCCAAAUUGGCCAAAAGCAUCUGCUCCCAGUUCAGAACGCGCCUCAACAGCUCCCAUGAAGCCUUCGCAGCAUCAUUGCGCCAGCUGGAGGAAGGACACACGGGGCGUCUGGAGCGCACCGAGGACCUGUGGCUGCGAGUGAGGAAGGACCACGCCCCCCGGCUGGCCCGCCUGUCUCUGGAGAGCCGCUCCCUCAGGGAUGUGCUGCUGCACGGCAAGCCUAAGCUGGGCCGAGAGUUGGGCCGCGGUCAGUAUGGCGUGGUGUACCUGUGUGACAGCUGGGGCGGACACUACCCGUGUGCCCUGAAGUCUGUGGUCCCGCCUGAUGAUAAACACUGGAACGACCUGGCUCUGGAGUUUCACUACACGAGGUCCCUGCCGAAGCACGAGCGGCUGGUGGACCUGCACGGCUCUGUGAUCGAUCACACCUACGGGGGGGGGUCCAGCAUCGCCGUGCUGCUCCUCAUGGAGCGGCUGCACAGAGACCUCUACACAGGCCUCAAGGCUGGUCUAUCACUGAAGGAGAGGCUUCUCAUCGCUCUGGACGUGGUGGAGGGGAUCCGCUUCCUGCAUGGUCAGGGCCUCUUGCACAGAGACAUAAAGCUAAAGAACGUUCUGUUGGACAAACAAAAUCGUGCAAAGAUAACGGACCUGGGCUUCUGUAAACCAGAGGCCAUGAUGUCCGGCAGCAUCGUAGGAACGCCCAUCCACAUGGCCCCGGAGCUUUUUACAGGAAAGUACGAUAACUCUGUUGAUGUUUACGCCUUCGGGAUCCUCUUCUGGUACCUCUGCACUGGUUCAGUCAAACUCCCAGAAUCCUUUGAGAAAUGCUCCAGCAAGGACCAGCUCUGGAAUAACGUUAAAAAAGGAGCCAGACCCGAGCGGCUGCCCACCUUCGACGAGGAGUGCUGGCUGCUGAUGGAGGCCUGCUGGAACGGGGACCCCCUGCAGAGGCCCCUGCUCGGUAUUGUGGAGCCCAGCCUGCAAAGCAUCAUGGUCCGGCUCUGCAACUGCGGCUCUGAACAGAAACGAAGCAGCCUCGAGGACUCAAACUGAAAACACUCUGGACAAACUAACACGUGUGUGACAGGGACGCGGAUCAGGAGUGUUUUCUUGUAUUUAUAAAAAACGGAGAUGAACAGGUGACCAAUGAAUAAUGUUUGAGCUGUCCUCCUUUGUCGGAUUUACACUAUUUAUGAGGAUUUGAUACAGACAAGACGUUUGAAAAUAUGUGUUUUAUUGUUUGUGCGUUGUGUAUUUGUAUACAAACUAUACUUCAUGCUUUUGUCGUAGCCGCCAUGCUAAUUGCUACUUGGUUAUAUAAUUGUUCCUAGAUGCAAAUUGUUUUUAAAGUAGUUCAUUCCCAGUGUUAUAACAAAAUAUAAAUAUAUAAAAGAUUAAUUUUAGAUUGUAUUUAAACUGAACAUUUCUGCAUCUAUACAAAAACAACUUUUUUAAUAAAAUGAUCUG